AUGGUCGCUUCUCCUGCUGUUGCCAGACUCCGUCAGCUCUUGGCCGACGAGAGCAAAAUCAUUGUCUGCCCUGGGGUAUACGAUGGUUUCACUGCCCGAAUUGCCCUCGCUGAGGGCUUCGAUGCGCUGUACAUGACCGGCGCGGGUACCACCGCUUCGCGCCUCGGACAGCCCGACCUGGGGGUCGUCACGCUGAAUGAAAUGCGGGGUAAUGCGGAGAUGAUUGCCGGGCUCGACCCCGCGGUGCCGCUCAUAGCCGACGCGGACACUGGCUUCGGAGGCUCACUCAUGGUCCACCGCACCGUCACCGAAUACAUCCGCGCCGGAGUAGCCGCCCUCCACCUCGAGGACCAACCCACCAGCAAACGAUGCGGUCAUCUCAGCAACAAACAGCUCGUUCCCGAAGCCGAAUACCUAGACCGGAUUCGCGCAGCCAUCAAUGCUCGCGCGCGCUCAGGGGGGGAUAUCGUUCUGAUUGCCCGGACAGAUGCCCUGCAGUCGCUGGGAUAUGAGGCGGCGGUUUCUCGCCUCAAGGGGGCGAUUGCCCUCGGUGCCGACGUCGCGUUCUUGGAAGGCGUCGCGUCCGCGGAGCAAGCCCGUCAAGUCUGCGAGGAGCUCAAGCCCACCCCUGUUCUGUUUAAUGCAGUACCUGGAGGUGUCUCACCGGAUCUGUCGGUGCAGGAGGCUCAGGAACUCGGGUUCCGGUUGAUUAUUUACCCGGGUCUGGCAUUGGGAGCUGUGUAUCAAGCGGUCCGGGAGGCGGCGCAGAAGUUGAAGGAGACAGGAACCCAGGCCGUGCGAGCGGGACAAGGCCCGAGGGAUAUCUUCAAUGUGCUUGGGUUGCAAGAGGCGGUGGCGCUGGAUUUGGCGGCCGGGGGGAGAUUGUACGACAAGGGCGUCUAACGGGCUUCAGCUGGCUGGCACCGCGACGCUUGGCCGAUGUAUAUCAGAAUGGCAGAUGAUAGUCUAGUACUGCGAAAUGGAAUAAACAAAUUCACA